CAUUCUUUCUUCUUCCACUUUCGCUCUCUCAUUCAUCACAAAAACUUCACAUUUUCUCAGAUCUUCAACCUUUUCUCAUCAUGACCGUUGAUAUUAUGCGAUUACCGAAGAUGGAAGAUCAAACGGCUAUACAAGAAGCUGCAUCACAAGGCUUAAAAAGCAUGGAACACUUGAUUCAUGUCCUCUCUAACCGUCCUGAAGAACGUAACGUUGAUUGCUCUGAGAUCACUGAUUUCACAGUUUCUAAGUUCAAGAAAGUCAUCUCUCUUCUUAACCGAACCGGUCACGCCCGGUUUAGACGUGGACCGGUUCAUUCCCCUCCUCCUUCAUCUUCCUCCUCCAUUCCUCCACCGGUGAAAGUUACACCUCCGGCUCCAACUCAGAUCUCUGCUCCUGCACCGGUCAGCUUCGUUCAGUCAAAUCAACAAAGCGUGACGUUAGAUUUCACUAGACCAAGCGUGUUUGGCGCUAAAACCAAGAGCUCAGAGGUGGUUGAGUUUGCUAAGGAAAGCUUUAGCGUAUCUUCUAACUCUUCUUUUAUGUCUUCGGCGAUCACCGGUGACGGAAGCGUCUCUAAAGGUUCUUCUAUCUUUCUUGCUCCGGCUCCGGCGGUUCCAUUGAAUUCCUCCGGGAAACCGCCACUUUCUGGUCUUCCUUACAGAAAGAGAUGCUUUGAACAUAACCACUCCGAGGACUUUUCCGGCAAGAUCUCUGGCUCCGGCAACGGCAAGUGCCACUGCAAGAAAAGCCGGAAAAAUCGGAUGAAGAGAACCGUGAGAGUACCGGCGAUAAGUGCAAAGAUCGCCGAUAUACCACCAGACGAAUAUUCAUGGAGGAAGUACGGUCAAAAACCGAUCAAAGGCUCACCACAUCCACGAGGUUAUUACAAGUGUAGUACAUUCAGAGGAUGUCCAGCGAGGAAACACGUGGAACGUGCUUUGGAUGAUUCAAUGAUGUUGAUUGUGACUUACGAAGGAGAGCACCGUCACCACCAGUCCGCGAUGCAGGAGAAUAUAACUCCUAGCGUUAGUGGUUUGGUGUUUGGUUCUACUUGAAGAAUUAAUUAGUUUGGUAGGUUUUGUAAUAUUUUGACAAAAUAGAGGGGUUGAUUUUGUAAUAUCUUUUUUCUUCUAAACAAAAUUAGUUUUAGAUUUCUUUUAUUAGUCUUUUGAAUGGAUUUUAAUCUUACUACCGAGAAAAAGAUUUGAAAGAAAAAAUUCUUACUACA